CAAGAUGGGAGACAACAGAUUCGAUUGGGACGAGAUUAUGCUGUCAGGCAUUCUAGAUAACUAUAGUGAUUACUUGAAUGAUACUUUAGAUUUCCUAGGUCCAUUUACAGAACCUUGCAAAUCACAUCAAACAACACAUACAAUGAAAUAUAUUGUAGCAUUUAUAUAUUUUCUGGUCUGCAUUUUGAGCCUGCUGGGCAACUCCUUGGUGAUUCUGGUGGUGAGCUACAGCAAAGGAAACCAUUCUGUUACUGAUGUUUAUCUCCUGAACCUGGCUAUUGCCGACCUUCUCUUUGCAGUCACCUUGCCCAUCUGGGCUAUAUAUCGAGCUCAUGAGUGGAUCUUUGGCACUUUCAUGUGCAAAAUCGCCUCAGUCCUGAAGGAAGUCAACUUCUACAGUGGUGUCCUCCUAUUGGCCUUUAUCAGUUUUGAUCGUUAUUUGGCAAUAGUUUAUGCUACUCGGGCCGCCACUCAAAAGAGGCACUGGGUCAAAUUUGUCUGCAUUGGCAUCUGGCUCUUUGCCUUCCUCUUCUCGCUUCCUGUGAUCCGCUUCCGGGAAGCUUUUACAGUCUCAAAUCCCCAUCACACAGUUUGUUAUGAGAAUAUUGGUGGGAAUCAAACAACUAAAUGGAGGGUAGUAUUGAGAAUUUUACCUCAGGUGUUUGGUUUUCUCCUCCCCUUGACUAUCAUGAUCAUUUGCUAUGGAAUAACAGUGCACAGACUCUAUCAGACGAAGAACAAGCAAAAGAAGAAGGCAAUGAAAGUAAUCUUGGCCGUCGUGCUGGUCUUUGUGCUCUGUUGGCUGCCCUACAACAUCGCCCUGCUUUUUGAUACUUUGUUGAGGAUUCGCUACAUUAACGACACCUGCUCAGUUCGAGAAAGAAUUGACGAUGCUUUGUCAGGUACUGAGAUUUUGGGAGUUGCUCACAGCUGUAUCAACCCCAUCAUAUAUGCCUUUAUAGGACAGAAAUUCCGGAACAACUUCCUCAAGAUCUUGGUCUCACAAGGUAUGAUCAGCAAAGAGAUCCUGAUACGAUAUAGGAGGGGAUCCAGCUUUUCAACUUCCUCUGGUAAUACUUCAACUACCCUGUAAUAAACUUGCCUGCCAGAAGAAAAGGCAACUGAAAAAAUUCUUUGUCUGAACAAUGUGGCAUCUUCCAUAGAGAUACAUUAAAAACUGUAGAGAUCACUCUUUGCUUUGAUUUGGGAAUGCUAAUUAACGUCAUUUUUAAAAGCUCUGUUUAUUUUUCUGAAAAGACAUGUCUCCAAGUUUUGUGACUGGUCUCUUGAUUUCCUUCCUUUCCAUAAUUUUUAUCACUUUUUUAAUUUUAAUAUGGUGAUUUAGGACAUUGUAUUGUCCUAAAUCCUAAGCAAUGUAUUAAGAACUGUAGAUACUUUGAUAUAAAAGCUUGGCUUUUGGAUCGCAGCUGAACAGACUUUGCAUAUAAUCAAACAUUUAGUUUUGACUUCAUCUCCAUUAAGGAUUUGUCUGUUAAACAGAGAUUUUACUGCAAAUGGACCCAUUUAUAUAAAAUUAUUACACAAAUGACCUAACUUUAGUUACAUGACAUGCAUUAGGUUUUAACAGAAAUUUGGAUUUAAUGGUCCCACCCUCACCCACAUACUGAGAAAGAGGGAGGGAAGGGUUUCUCCCCCCCCAAUAAAUAAGCUUUAAUUGACCACAAGUGCAAUUGCAGGGACAAAUUGGCUGAAUAUUGGAAUAUCUGUUAAAUCAACCAGUAGUUCCCUCUGCUGAUAGAAGGUGCUUUGUAAAUGACUCGGGCAGUUCUGAUAGGAAAGAAUUGCCUUGGGCAUCUUUCUAUAGUCUCUCUAUUUGUAUCAAUUCUAACAAAUGAUUUUAAUCCUAACAUGUCAUUGACAAAGUGCAGUAAUUCAGACUUCAACUUAUUCCAUAAUUUGUUCCAUAUUUUCUAUGAAUGCUUCCAUAGAAUCCAUAAAUAAUAAUUAUAAUACAUCCAAAAUAAUUUAAGCUGUAAAUUGGCAUAUGUCUGAGUCAGAAAGAUAUUUUCCUCGAGAAACUAUUCAGAGAAAAAUCAACAAAAGAUGCAGUGUGUUUCAUUCUCCUGUCAUGGAGCUACAUGGCAGCUCUUCAUUCUUUCAUAUAUAUGAUUUUGCAGCUAAGAGAAGUCCUUUUGAACUUUGAUCUGUACCAGAGAUGCUGUCCUCUCAAGAUCCAUCUUUUCAUAAUUAGUAUCCCAGAAGGAUUACUUUAAUUCUGUGAGAUUGCUUAAAUGGGGGAAUUUAAACAGAAGACCUUAUAUAACUAUUGGAUUUUUCACACUCUUGUGUUUUGUUGAUUAAUGGCAGAGCCUAGCAUUUGGCUAAAUGAGGCUACCACUGUUGGUGUUGUCAUAGAAGAUGUAGACCACUGAAAUAUCCUGUGCCUCUUACUGCAUGAAGAGUGGAAA